AUCUUUUGAUUUAUUAUUAUUUGGUUUUGACUAGCUUCACUGUUUCCUUCCCUGCCGCCGGCAAUCGGCAACUCUCCCUUUUCCGGCUAUUUCUUCAUUCGUCCGGUCCAGCGACGGAGGAGGAGUAGGCGGUGCUCUUUUGAAUAUAUAUAUAUAUAGAUGACGGCUGGGACGAGAUUACCGACUUGGAAGGAGAGAGAAAAUAACAAGCGGAGAGAGAGACGACGACGGGCCAUCGCCGCCAAGAUAUUCGCCGGACUUAGAGUUUACGGAAACUACAAGCUGCCUAAACACUGCGACAAUAACGAGGUCUUGAAAGCCCUUUGCAACGAAGCAGGUUGGAUCGUUGAAGAAGAUGGAACGACUUAUCGUAAGGGUUGUAAACCAGCUGAACGAAUGGAAACUACAUCUGCCAUGGAUAGCCCAUGCUCAUCGUACCAACCAAGUCCAAACGCUUCUUCAUACAAUUUCAGUCCUACAUCAUCCUCAAUUCCAAGCUCAAUCUCAUCUCUUUAUAAUUCCAAUUCUACCCCCGACCCUAACUCUCUAAUCCCAUGGCUAAAAAACCUCUCAUCCGGUCCCACAUUAACCAAAUUCCCACACCAUCUUUACGUACCGGGUGGGUCCAUAAGCGCCCCGGUCACCCCACCCUUAAGCUCCCCUACUUGCCGGACCCCACGAAUGGAUCACGAUCAAACCGUACCCCCACCCUGGCCUUUCUCCUCCACUCCCCAUAGUCCUGGCAUCCAAACGCUGCCAGAUUCAGGGUGGCUCUCUGGCGUCCAAACACCCCAAGAAGAGCCGUCGUCUCCCACCUUUAGCCUCGUGGCAAACCACCACCCGUUUGGCCGGAUUUGGACACCGGGACAAAGCGGAACGUGUUCUCCGGCGGUCAACGGUGCGGCGGAUGUCCCGAUGUCGGAUGUAGAGUUUGCUUUUGGAAGUAAUAUGAAGUUAUUAGGGCUUGUGAAGCCGUGGGAAGGAGAGAGGAUACAUGAGGAAUGUGUUUCGGAUGAUCUUGAGCUUACACUUGGGAAUCCCAACACUAGAUAAGAUUAAUUUGGGUUGUGGUUUUGUGUUCCUGAUGAAUUGAGUGUUCAAGAGAGGGAGUAAAACGAGAGCCUAUAGAGAGGUAGAGAUGGAGAGUGAGAUCUAGUAGUAUGUGAGAAAUUGAGAAAAGAACAUGAUGAUUCGUGAUAUAAAGACAUAAAGGGAAGGAACGUUGUAGGGAAGUAAGUCUCCUUGCUAUUUCCAUCGGCUGUUCAAGACUGCAAUCCAUUCUCUACUGCGAUCUCACAAACUAGUUUAGAACAUGAUUUUGAUCCUUUUUAUUGCGUAAAGAUUGGAUCCUUAGAGGUGGGUAUGGGAAAAAGUGAUUUUGGUUUGUUUUUUUGAUACGAAAAAGAGUUAGAUAUUGAAAUUUACUGAAGCAAAAGGGUAUAGAUGAUAAUGAAUUAAUGAUAUUAUUCUUUAGUCACAAAAAGAUUUUAU